GCAGCCUCUGACGUUGUGGUGCAGGUUUCAGUGUUGCACAGGCCGGGCCCAGUGCUGCAGGUUGUCCGGUAGGGUGCCUGUCGAGCUACAAGCAUGCUGUUGAUGUCAGGAGCAGAGGAGGGGAACGUGAGGAAUGGCUGAAAACGGACGGUGAUCUCCUGUUGGGAAACAAACCAGGACGGCUAAUGAUUGUCCGGCGUGUUUAACUGAAGAUUUCACCGUCUCGGGAUCAGCCCCUUAGCCACGCAGUAACAGGCAGCGCUCGCUUUUUUGUGUGGUUAUUUAAUGGGACAACGAAAACGCAAAAAAACGCAAGGUAGGCUACCGCUCCUGUCGCCAGUCCUGCUACUUUAUUUUCACGGAUUAAUACGACACACAGGGGGUUGAGAAAUGUUUCACGCCAAGGUAAAUCGCACGUCUUCGAAGACAGUGUUUGGUUUUUAACACUAGCUAAACGUUAGCGUGGAUAUUUUUUGGUCGGGCUCGUGAAUGUAUGAAGUGCUCUGGGGUUAUUUUAAUUUUUUUUUGUUUUGAAAAGCGUCGGUUAGGCUUCAUCUCUUCAUGCCUCAACCGACCGACCACAUGAGAAGUCGACGUCCGGAAUAGUCGACGGCCGUUUGUUCGCCCUCAUGCAGCUGCGAUGAAGAUGGGGGUGCAGACUGUUCCGGCAGAGGGCUGACCACCGUCCCAACCGGGCUCAGUGCUUUCACCUACUACCUGGACCUGAGCAUGAACAACAUCACUGAGCUUCCAGCAUAUGUAUUCAAGAACUUCCCCUACCUGGAAGAACUACGACUUGCGGGUAAUGACCUGUCAUUCAUCCACCCUGAGGCCCUGUCUGGACUGCAUCAGCUCAAAGUCUUGAUGCUCCAGAAUAACCAGCUGAAGACUGUACCCAGUGCAGCCCUGAAGAACCUUCAGUCUCUCCAGUCUCUUCGCCUGGAUGCAAACCAUAUUACCACAGUUCCAGACGACAGUUUUGAAGGCCUUCAGCAUCUGCGCCACCUCUGGUUGGAUGAUAACAACCUGACAGAAGUCCCCAUUGGUUCUCUGAGAUACCAGGCGAAUCUUCAGGCUCUUACGUUGGCACUCAACCGCAUCUUCUACAUACCUGACAAUGCCUUUGCAAACCUCACCAGUCUAGUUGUGCUGCAUCUUCAUAACAACAGAAUUAAGGAGAUAAGAGACAGCUGUUUUGCUGGACUCGUGAAUCUGGAGACACUAGAUCUUAACUUCAACAACUUGAUGGUUUUUCCCAAAGCAAUAGAAAGCCUGCCCAAACUCAAGGAGCUCGGGUUUCACAGCAACGACAUUGCUUCCAUACCUGAAGGGGCCUUCCAUAACAACCCCCUGCUGCGAACCAUACAUCUUUAUGACAACCCUCUGUCCUUCGUCGGUGCUUCGGCUUUCCAGAAUCUGUCCGACCUUCACUCCCUGAUGUUGCGUGGGGCCAGCAUGAUGCAAGACUUCCCCAUCCUUACCGGGACUAAUAACCUUGAGAGUCUGACCCUGUCAGGAACCAAGAUAUCAUCCAUCCCUGCUGAUAUUUGUGAGGAUCUCAAGUUGCUUCGGACACUAGACCUCUCCUAUAAUGAGAUCAAGGAGCUACCAUCCCUCCAGGGCUGCGUCCGACUGCAGGAGACAAGCUUUCAGCACAACCACAUUCAACAAAUUGACAGGGACACUUUCCAAGGUCUCUCUGCUCUCCGAUUACUAGACCUGAGUAGAAAUGAAAUCCGAGUCAUUCACAGAGAUGCUUUCCUCACCCUCACUGCACUCACCAACCUAGAUCUGAGCAUGAACUCUCUGACUGUGAUUCCAACAACUGGACUGAGCACGCUUAGUCAGUUGAAACUCUCAGGGAACCCACAGAUGAAGAAUGUGCUGUCUGCAAAAAACCUGCCCAAACUCAGGUCCAUCUCUGUCCCUUAUGCCUACCAGUGCUGUGCUUUUGUUGGAUGUGACUCAAUGACAAGUUCAUCUGAGGAAAAUGAUGCAAAGAAAUCUACAGGCGGGGAGGAUGUGGAAAGAAUCACAAUGAUUAUGCAUUGCUCUCCUUCACCAGGAGCCUUCAAGCCUUGUGAGCACCUACUGGGUAACUGGAUGAUUCGUCUGACAGUCUGGUUCAUCUGCCUGGUGUCGCUGGUCUUUAACAGCCUGGUGCUGGUGGCCACCUUCUCCCCCACACACCGGACGGCAGGCCAUUCCCUCUCCCUCACACCGUCUCACUCUCCAGCCAGGCAGCUGAUGGGGCUACUGGCCUUGGCCAACCUGCUCACGGGCCUGUAUGUUGGCGUGCUGACUGUGCUCGACGUUGCCACCUGGGGCUCCUUUGCCGAGUUCGGUGUGUGGUGGGAGAUGGGGCCCGGCUGUCAGAUCGCUGGAGCUUUGGCCGUCUUCUCGUCAGAGUGGGCAGUCUUGUUACUGUCACUGGCGGCUGUGGAGCGCAGCGUGGCCGUUCGGACGAUUCUCGGGAAGGUAAUGAUGUCACCCCGAAGGAACGGCGGCAGCCAUCGUGGAUGCUGGAGAGGAGAUCGACGCUUCAGCCUGGCUGCAGGACUGCUGGGUCUGCUGGCUGCUGCUGGUGCCUGCCUGCCUCUACUGACCUCCAGUGACCAGUCCGCCUCUCCUCUCUGCCUGCCCUUUGCUGGUGGUGAGAGUCCAGCUCUGAGUGUUACAGUUGUUCUGGUGCUGCUCAACGCACUAGCUUACCUGUUCACUGCAGCUGUGUACACCCAGCUGUACUGCCACCUGGGCAGGGUGGAGCUGGCAGAUCCAGAGCAGACGGGUGCCCUGAGACACAUAGCCUGGCUCAUCUUCACCAACUGCAUCUUUUUUUGCCCUGUGGCAGCUUUCUCCUUUGCUCCUCUCUUGACUGGCUCUACAGCCGGCGGUCCAGAGAUCGCCAAGUCUGUCACCCUCAUUUUCUUCCCGCUGCCUGCGUGCCUGAACCCAGUGCUGUAUGUGUUCUUCAGCCCGGCCUUCAGGGUGGACUGGUUGAGACUGCGCGGCCACGGAGGUUUGACCAGGGAGGUCAAGGGCUGUGCUGAAAGUCACGGAGAUGAUGGUGGCGGAGGGUCAGAGCUCACAGACGGAGGCUCCUCCACCCACCUGGGCUUUGACUGUGGCGUGUACUCGCAGCUUUGCGGAGAGACAGUUGUAUGCGAGCAGUGCGAGGCUGCGCUGCACGCCAGGACCUGCUCUUCUCCCUCGUCCUCCACAGUCUGUAGACACUUGGUAAAGUCUCACAGCUGUCCCACCCUCCUGGCGGGAGCUGCAGUAUGCCAGCGCACCGAGUGUUUCUGGGCAGACAGUGCCACACCCUCUGCUCAGUCUGAGUACGCAGACGAGGGGGACUCGUUUGUGUCGGACAGCUCGGACCAGGUUCAGGCCUGUGGCAGAGCCUGCUUCUGUCAGAGCAGAGGACUUCCUCUGGUACACUACUCAUACAACAUACCUCGAGUCAAGGACUAAGGACGCUUCAGAGCGCCAGUACGUCUGUGUGCACAGAUCUCUUUGUCAUGUGAAUUUAGAUGCUACAAGAAUUUGUACAUUUUUAUAUCCGACAACAAAAUGUGCCAACUGCCCUGCUAAAAGACUAUUCAGCUAGCACUUACAUUUGUAAUUACUGUGUAAACAGAUGCAGCCAAUCAUUUAAAGGGAACUUGGUGUGCUUUUUGAACUUAGACCAUUUCCUAGUGAGCUGAACUGAGCACAUCAUGUUACAAACUGGUCGACAAAGGAUCUUGCAAAGAAACAUCUCGCCACCGGUGCCUGCCUCUCGUUUUUGAUUGGACAUCAUGAUGUUGUGAGCCUCAAUGGAUGUGUCAAAGAUUGUGAUUUCUCUGUUUCACUUGUACUUAUAAGCUUUUUAAUUAAAUCAUUGUUAUACAUCUUGUCAAUUUUUAAAGCUUCUCCACAGCAACUGUUGAUUUUAUACUUUGAUUUUUUUAAACGUAAAUGUAGUAAUGAAUAAUCAGCCUAGACUUUUCUGUGCGAAUGUAACUUCCAGGUGGUCUUUACCCACCAGAAGGGAAUAAUGUAAAGUCAGCAAUAACUUCUGCCCUACCUGCCUACGAUCGUAAUCUAUCUGUGUGAGAAUGGUAUAAGUAAAUGCUAGUUUAUAAUAAACACUUCUUUACUUUUAAGUUACUAAGACUAAGAAUGUGAUAAAAGUAGCAGAUAUCACUGUUUUAGCAACGAUGCUUGGUGGUGGUGAAAGAUGUUAUUUAUUGUGUGAACAGUGUUUGGUUGGACACGAUUUCACGUGUAUGUAAGGUGGCCUUUGAGUGAUGAAUAUACAAUAUAAGCCAAGCAUUCACCAAAACAACAGCACCUCUCUUUGUUUAGUUUUUCACAAAAAAAAUUGUACACACUAGUUUAGGUCGUUAUUUUCAUUAGUCUGAAAUCUGGGCCUUAUUUUCUGAGUUUUCGCCAUCAUGAUGUUUUUUUUUUUUUUAAAGGAUUAAAGGAAUAAUUUCAACAUUGUUGGAAAUAUGCUUAUAAGCUGUCUUGCUGACGGGAAGAUGAGAAGAUCACUUCUACUUAUCUGCACACCAAAUAUGAAGCAACAGCCAGCAGAGAUGGUUAGCUUAGUUUAGCAUAAAGACUGGAAGCAGAGGGAAAUGACUAGUCUGUUUACUCUUUUAAAAAAACUGAAGGAUUAAGAAAUGAGAUAUAAUAUAUCAGUUAGUAAGCUUUAGAUGUACUGGUAGGUGGAUUAUGUUACAUUCGGACAGAGUAAGACUAGCUGUUUUCCUCUGUUUCCAGCCUUUAUGUGAAGCUAAAAUAAGUUAACCAACUGCUGGCUUUAGCUCAGUAUUUAGCAUAGAGAAAUGAGAGAGCUAUUGCUUUUCUCAUCUAACUUUGGGCACAAAAGAGAAUAUUUCCCGAAAUGUCACAAAAGAAAAAAAUUUUGAAUUAAUUUUAUGUGCCACAAAUUGUAGAUAAUAAUUGUAGUAAUAAUUACUAUAAUGAUACAAACAUAAUCGUAGUUUGGUGACCGACAAGCAACAACUUUGAAAUCUAAAUCAACUGUUUUCACACUUGUUGAACUUAUGAGAUGAGUGAUAGCUGACAUUUCUGUUUGAGCUGAAACUCAUCAUUAAGCAUCAUUUGGCUUGUGAGCAACAAGUUAAACACAUGAAUACCGUCCAAGUUAAACACGUGAAUGUAAUCCCACUCUUCCACUUCUUCCAACACGAUGUGAACGCAGCAGACUGGCAGCCAGCUGAGUCAACAAGAAAGUGUUUAAGCAGUGCCAAAAAGUAUGAAGUGGACUAUUAUAACUGAAAUGUGGGUGAUCAUUAUUCAACCACAGAUAUUUAAAGACAAGUAUCUGCAGUGCGUUUUUGCAUUUGCAAGAGAUUUUUGGGUGUUUGUGUGCACGUGAGCAGUCCGUGUACCUGCUGAGGUCCUUAGAGCUCUACAGUGAAGUAAUUGGAAAAAAAUUGGACCAGAAUAAAUUGGCAUUAUGGUACAAGAGUAGGAAAAUUAGGCCUAUGUUGAAAAUAAUAGGAAUUCAAAAAGAACAAAACUAAUUCUGCCUCCAGUGUCUUUCAUAUCCAGUUACAUUAUCAGUUUAUUACAGUCUAUAUAACCCAGUUUUAUUGUACAGGUCAUCAGAAGAGCAUUAUUAUAUUCCAUAUUUACAUAGAUCUCUUUUCAUCCUGAGAGCUGACGUAAGAAAGACUAUGUGUGUGUGUGUGUGUGAGAGAGAGUGUAAGAGAGGGUUUGACUGGCGUUUGGCGUUGCUGGAGCAUGACUCUACACAUUAAGUUGGAUACACCCUCGGAGCAUGUAUCCACAAGUGCGCGUCAUGUGAGUGCUCAGGAAUUUAGGCAAUGUAGAGAAAAGUUUUCUUCCACCAACAAGACAUUCUUGUCUCCUUAUAAUAUACCAUUUCAUAUGACUCUUUAGGGUUUUCUUUUCUGUUUCCGUGUAGGCAUGAUCUCGACAGGGUGUGUAAAUUGUUGCACCAACCAAAAUGUCAUUUGAUUGUUUGAGAUGUCUGAUGUCCCGUCUGGUGAAAAUGUACAAAUCUUUUAGCAGUUUUGGUUUUUGAAUUUCUAUGUAAAUUAUUUGAAAAAGAAAGCAAGUAAUCAAGAAUGGGAUGCUAACUAAGCAAGCUACCUCCUCAAAUGUAGCGGCUACCAGCGGUGCUUUGUAAAAGAAAAGUCUGUGUUCAUUUAUUUGCCUUCUUGGCUUCAUGUUGACACGUGGUUGUCAUUUUAGAUAAGUGCAAAUUGUGGGACGAAUCUAUGUACUGUAUACUGUGAUUUUUUUUAAACCAAACUUUAAACUA